UACUUAGAAAUAGUCAAUACUCGAGUCUGCACCUAACUAACUAACAGUCGCUGUUGCUGAAUCGUUGCGGCAAUAAACGGAGCUGUACAGAGGAGCAGACCUACAACAUCCGGGCAAUACUCAGCUUGCGCAGAAACGGAAUGGCGGAGGUGGGUGACGAGCCCCCGAAGAGAAGUGUAACGGUUGUGGCCUAGCGGAGAGUGGAUGAGGUACAACGAUGGAGGCCCUCAGCGGGAGAAGCAUAAGUCUUCACGGGCCUUAGAGGAGUCGGAGGAGAACUUUCGCCCCAUGAAGAUGGCAGCGCAGUCCCACACUGCCGGUGAGCUUCCUUUGGAGGAGCUGCUGGCUCUGUACGGCUACACAGUGUCCGAUCCAGAGAAGGAGGCCUGUCACAUGGCUGCCAGGCUGCCAGACAUGACACUGGACAAGGAUCAGAUUACUGAGGAUAUCUUUCCUGGGGAGGAGGAAGACGAAUCAUUAGCUGAUGAUCUCACCCCCUCAGUCACCUCAAACGCCUCAGAUCUGCUCCGCCGCCUCCAAGGUGGAGACAAAGACACAUUAGUCAGCUCAUCAGAUGAGGACUCUGACGAUGCAUCUACUCCCUCCAACGAAGAGCACAAGGAGAUCAUGGUUGGCUCACUGUAUCAGGCAAAAAUUCCUCCACUCAGUUCAUAUACCUACCAGGAGAGCGCCUGCAGCAGUGAGGACCAGUGUCUGUGGAGGCCAGGAGUUCUUCCGAUGCAGGAAGUGGAAGAGUUCUUGCUGAACGCACAGAGACCAUACGGCCAGGAGGGAGCAGCAUGCACGCAAACACAAAGAGACACUGUCCGAGACAACCAACAGGCACUGUAUGAACUAGUGAAAUGCAACUUCAAUGCAGAAGAGGCACUGAGACGAUUACGCUUCAAUGUGAAAGUGUUCGCUGAAGAGCUCUGUGCCUGGAGUGAGGAGGAGUGUAGGAGCUUCGAGCACGGCUAUCGGGUUUACGGGAAAAACUUCCACCUCAUUCAGGCUAAUAAGGUACGAACGCGCUCCGUUGGGGAGUGUGUGGAGUACUACUACAUGUGGAAGAAGUCUGAACGUCACGAGUACUUUACCCAGCAGGCCACCAGGCUCACUCGCAAGAAGUUCAGCCUACAAUCAGGGAGCAUGGAGGAUGGAGACCAGGACGGGGAGGUUGGGGAGCUGGAAGGAACCAACAACUCCUCAGGCUUGUUGUCUCACAGCUCCGUGGACACUGGACAGCUGCAGUCCCCGUUACCUCCCCAGUCCAGUCUGGAUCCACACAAACAAGGAAGAGAGGCGUCCCCGCCGCAGACGAACUCCCCGCUUUCUCUUAAAGCCAUGAACUCGGUCCAGACAGGCCACAGAAAGCAGGCUGGGCCUGCAGGUAAAGAAGAUGGCGAGCUGGUGAUAAGGUCGUCAGACUUGUGUGGUGAAGAAUGUCCUCAGCAGCUGUUUGGCUGUCCCUUCUCCCUCCCGCACAUGGAGGACCUGAGGGAUCCUGACUCGGACAGUUGUUGCCCCUCAGCUCUAGUUCAGCUCCAGUCCCAGCCCUUUCCCCAGAGCUCCCAGUGGGCCGGCGGGAGCCCUCUGUCCUCCCAUGACGACCAUUGCCUGCCGGGCUCCUGUUUUUACCAGCUACACAUGUGCAGUGGACCAUUUGUUUCAGAGGGCCCUGACUGUGAAACAGCAGGCGGGGGGACGGGCUCCCACCACGGGCGGCAAGUGGAAUUCAGCCUUCCGUCUGCCUCGCCUCCCUCAUCUUCUGCCCUCCCGUCACACUUUCAGGCACUUGGUAGCCUGCUGCACCCGUCUGCCGUCCAGCAUCCCCGCUCGCUCACACAGUGAAGGGACGUGGGAAAGUCUAAACUGAGUGGUACUCUGAAUGGUUCGAUCUGUGUCGAGACCUUUGAUCGGUGUUGGUUUUUACACCACACUUGAAGAAACCAGGACAAAAAGCGCAUUUACCAAACUUUGUGAAAAAGGAUGGACCUACUUCCUGUGUCAGGGAGGUCACUCGUCUGUCUGAACCCUCUUUUUAAACUGAGACACUUGAACCCUCGUUCCAUUGCGGAAUGACGAGUGUUAAUCACUACUUUCAGGUGUUGAUUAUGUGUUAAUUAACAGUUUAUUAACAUAACCUGCAGCAAGGCUGAGCUUUUGAUUGGCCAUGAUUUAUACAUACUUGUGAAAGCACUGUGCAGGUGAUGCAAGCUGCAGUAAGCGUGCAAGCUACCCAGAAGUGGCUCACAGUCGCUUAUUAUCUAUAAAAUGACCAUGAUUUGCAAUGUUUACCACUGUUUCUUUGUUUUUCUUAUUUAUCAAGAUGGCAAUGUUUGAUUGCAAAUCAGAUUUAAUCAAAACUUCUUCCAUGGAGAACCAAUCACAUGUUUAUAAGGUAUGUUCUGCAUAUCGCUCGGCACUUUGGCCGCUGCAGCCAUUUGAGAUCUGUCUCUGGAGAGUGACACGGUGACACGGUUGUGAAAUCUCUUCCUUUAAACUAAAUGAAGAAUACUUUAUUUAAACAUUAACUUUAAACGUCCUUAAUUAAGUGUGUAAUUGGCUCUCCCUUUUCUGUUCCUCCUGUCUGUUUUGUUUGCACUCCUCCCGCUCCUGUCUGAAAACAUUUGGCGGAAGAGUCAAACUGUCCCAUGAAUUUUGUUUAAAUAUAAAGAGCUGAAACUAAAUAACAUUUUCUGACGUUGAGAUUUGAACAUGUUUGGAGAAAAAAAGGAGCUCCAUAUUUUUGCAGGUUUUAUUUUUUAGUGUUGCUUUUGUGGAAGUUUUCAUCUUGGUUCUUCAUUUGCAGAUUUACAUUAAGAUUUAUAAAGGUGCAGUGCUUUGUCAUCAUUUCUGAUCACCGUUUCUAUCGUGUUGAAUAUUAAGUAUCAUUAAGAGCCAUGUUUAACCUGCAGAAUAGGCAUAAAAUAAACGUGCAAAUGUAAAAUGUACAUACAAACAUAGUUAAGUCACUGAAUGCAAUCACUCUUUCUCAGGUUCAGGAACUUUGAUGUUGUUUCCUAACACCAUAAAUAAGUGAGUCAGUCACUAUCACUCUGGACAGGUGUCGUCCAAACAAAUAGGAAAGCGAUUAUACUAUCAGAAGUUUAUUGGAUUAAGAUGCAUCUUGUCGGUGUUUAAGUAAAAACAUAUGUAAAGAGAGGCGAGUGCAGACUUCCAUCAAGGCUGUUUCCAUAAGUGAAAAAUAAUGUGUGUAAUCGCUCCGUGAUUUGGAUCUGCUUCAAACUUUAAUGGGUUCUUGCUUGGCUCGUGCUACAUCCUUGCUACAAGUCAUAACAAUCCAGCAAGUAGUUUAACAUAAUCCAGCUGACAAACCAACAAACCCAGCUGAGAACAUAAACUCCUUGGUGGAGGUGAUCACAGAUGUUUGGGGUCCAAAGAUCAUCCUAACAUGAAACUUAACAGUUCUGAUAUCUUCUGUUGCCUCUUACUCUAAAGUAACAUCCGAUAAGUGAAAAAAGGUACAUUAGUUAUAUUUUAACUUUUUACAGUGUGACAGAAACUGUCUUAUUGUCUUCUAAAAUGUUUUGUUCACUGACCUCUAACAGACAUUCUGAAGUAUACUGAGAAAUGUCACGUCUGUAGAAGCCUUAGCAUUUCUAAUAAGAUGUUUUAUAAUGCAAAUCUCUUUAAAAGUUCAUAACCGAUUCUAAACUUUUUCUUACCAGUGUCCCAAACUUCAGAUAGCCCCUUCAAUUACAUUUGUUAAAGGAUGACAAACUUUUAUAUUCUUAGCGCACAUUUAUCAUCUCACAGGAUGUCAAUGAGUACAAAAUAAAUUAUAAACCUAUAGUUUCAUAUUAGGAUUCAUAGAGGAUUCGGCCACUUCUAAGUUGAGAAUUGUAUGGAUUUAGCAUCUUGAUGUGAUGGUAUAGAUAUGAUAAAUAAGUUAAGAUGGAAAAAAGCUUAGUAAAGAUAAAUACAGUAUUUUAUUUGAAUUAUUUAAACCUAGGGAACCCUACGUUGAAGAGCUUCAAGAUGCCUCUCGAUAGAAAUUAUUUCAAAGUUUUUGUAGUCGUUUCACUAAAUCAUGUAUUGAUUUGUGAAUCUAUUCAUAUAGUAAAUAUGUGGUAUUUUCUUCUGCAUGAUAUCUCAGUAUAUAUUUGUCACACUGUCUCUAAAAAGCGGUAAAGGGAGAGCUACAGGGAACAAAAGGGCUCGGCCCCAUGUUCAUCCUUUCACCUGUACUAUUUAUUUCAUGUUUUUUGUCUGUAAAUGUGGCCGCACUUCCUCUUAAAAGACGAGCCGCUUUCAGAUCAUGUUUCGUUGUUGU